AGGCAAACACAAUCAUAGGCUGCUAAGGCCCUCCUGCAGCCAAAUGGGCACUGGUUGGCCACAGUGCCCUUUAGGCCUAUGCCUCUUCACCUUGGGCCAAAAGCCCCAAGGAGGGAACUCCUUUUCCAAAUUGGCCUAGCACCUAGCAGUGGAGGACUUGAGGACCUGUGGACUAACGGGGCAGGUCCAGAGUCUCUCCCUUGAAGACCUCUCUAAAAUCACUCAAGAGUUAAGAUCCAAAGAUCUAACUAGAACUGGGAUUUCUCCAGGCCAUUGUUGAAGAGAUUUGGGAUCCUCAUAACUUACUCACUUUAGUGGGAAGAAGCCGGUGAAGAAAUAGAACCCCUUGGCAGCUUUGGGUUCCCUAAGGCUUCCCUGGACACCGGGAUGUGUGAGCUGGAGAUCUUCUGAAGUAUGGUGUCAUCAUCCCUAUUCCUAAUUUGGAUUGAGAGUUGUGGGGACACAGCUACUGGGCCUCCUUGGACCCCAAACUUUGGGCAGAAGUAGUAGGCAGCUAGACACUUAACGUCAGUCAUCAUCUGGCCCUCAAAGGCACUUUGAUGUUAUGAAGACAAUUCACCUAUUGAAUUUUCUCUGGAAGGAAGCUGUUUUAAUUCUAAAUAGAACUUUUGGCAAUUCUCCUAUAAGGGCAAGUGAAGUUUUUCUAGGGUUCUGAGGACAAAUCCAGGCAGAGGAUAUUCUGUAAAUUCAUCUCCAGGGGUAGUGAUGUGUCCAGGCUGAAUUUACUCCUGUGGGCUUUUUACCAAGAAUUCAGGUGGCCUGAGACAACGGCGUCAGAGGACAUUCCUAAGUGCUGGCAUUAAGCCAUUUGGCUCACCAUUGAUGAAUGAUCAGACCAAAUGAUUUCUUGCUUUGUAGAAGAUAGAUUGAAAGGCAAUGAGUCAAUGAAGGAUGAGUCACAAAUUGGUCAUCUGUGUGGAGGAUGUUGAUGGACAUUUUUCCACUGAAAAGACCUGGAGUAACAGCCAAUGAUCACAUCUGUGUUGGACUCCGCAUAACUCUCCACGAUUAAACCCGUGCUGGCAAAGCAGGUGGUAUAAGAAAAUACAAAACCUAAUGAGUGCUGUGUUCGGCAACAAAUAUCAGAUCCCUAAAGGAAAAGGGUCUUACUCCGUGGGAUGCACAGACUUGAUGUUUGAUUUCACUGCCAAGGGCAGCUUACUGCGUCUCUAUUAUCCUUCCAAAGAUGGUGAACCUGAAAGCACUCUAUGGAUCCCCAAUAAAGAAUAUUUUGUGGGUCUUACUAAUUUUCUUGGAAUGCACAGGGUCAUGGGCAAAUUCCUCGCCUUGUACUAUGGUUCGGUGACAACUCCUGCAAGUUGGAAUGCCCCUUUGAGGAUUGGUGAACAAUACCCAUUGGUUAUUUUUUCUCAUGGACUUGGAGCAUUCAGGACAAUCUACUCUGCUAUUGGGGUUGAACUGGCAUCUCAUGGGUUUAUAGUUGCUGCUGUUGAACACAGAGAUCAAUCGGCAUCAGCAACUUUUUACUUUAAAGAUGAAUUUGCUGUCAAAGCAGAUAAUAAGUCCUGGCUUCCCUAUAAGCGCCUUGGUCCACAGAAUGUGGAGUACCUUCUACGCAAUGGACAGGUACUUCAAAGAGCGGAAGAAUGCUCUAAAGCUCUUAAUUUGAUUCUUGAUAUUAAUGGUGGAAAAACAGUGAAGAACGUCUUGGAUUCCACAUUUGACUUGAACCAACUAAAGGAUACAAUUGAUAAAAAUAAAAUAGCAGUAAUGGGACAUUCCUUUGGUGGAGCCACAGUUAUUCAGUCUCUUAGUGAAGACGACAGAUUCCGAUGUGGCAUUGCCCUGGAUGCGUGGAUGAUUCCCUUAAGUGAAGAGUUGUACUGUAGAGUUCCCCAGCCUCUCUUCUUUAUCAACUCUGAAAGAUUCCAGACUGCAGAAAAUAUCCUGAGAAUGAAAAAAUUCUACUUACCUGAUAAAGAAAGGAAAAUGAUCACAAUCAAGGGAUCAGUCCAUCAGAACUUUCCUGAUUUUACUUUUGUGACUGGUAGAAUACUUGCGUACAUGUUCUCAUUAAAAGGAGAUAUUGAUUCGAAUUUAGCCAUUGAUCUGAGCAACAAAGCUUCAUUAGCUUUCUUGCAAAAGCAUUUAGGUCUUCAGAGAAAUUUUAAUCAAUGGGACCCUUUAAUUGAAGGUGAAGAUAUAAACCUCAUUCGAGAUAGCAAUGCUGCCUCAAUUACCUAUCUUUCUGAGUACCUGGAAUAAAGAAAUGUGCAGUGUCGACCAACCCAUUUUUUAAAAAACUAAAUUAUGUUUCACCGAGACCAUAGUUGUUUAUUUUUAACUAUUGCCCAUGUACUUUUGAAAAUAUAGACUAUGCUAUAAUCAUC